AUGGCUGGGAAGUGGCCUAGCCGCACUUGGAGCUGCAGCGAAGUUCUACGGGGUGCUGCCCAGGUCGUUGACAGCAUGGCUUUGCCUGCAGCUGAUGUGGUGGCGGCAAAGCGCGGCCUUCUGUCGGAGACAGCAGACUUGGAUGAGCAGCAGCUCCAAGCACUGCUGGAGGCCAGCUUGUUGUUAUUGUCUUGUGAGCCUUGCGUCGCCUUUAAACAGUUCCCUGUUGAUUUUUCCCGGCAGGAGACUGAGAAGAAAAUUUCUGAUCACCAGAUGAAAGGCGAUUUGCACGCCAUUGUCUGCUCCUCAUUUGUUGACACCUCUUGGACGGAACGAUGGCUCUUUGUCAAGGAAGAGGAGCACGAGCAGAUGCUUUUGGAUGAUUUGCAUGCUUCGGCGCUGCACUCAGUGAACAAAGCCGUGAGCGAAGCAGAGGGGCCGAAGCCUGUUGCCACACCUGCUCGCGCUGAAGCCGCUGCGCCGACGGCGGCGCCUCCUGAUCCAGUCCUGCAGCCACGGGCCUCUCUCUCACCUGUUGCCAUCUCUGUGCCGCCGUCUGCGUUUGCAACGCGUGCAGAUUCUUUGCAGGUGGACAGUGAUUCUGAUAUCGAGAUGGAAGAAGCAAAAUCGAGAGAAAAGCCUGCUGGAGAAGCCGCAAAACCCACCAUGGAGACACCCACCACACCCAUGGCGACACCCACCACACCCAUGGCGACACCCAGGGCGACACCCACCACAGAGGAUGUCCAGCGUCAAUUGCAUGAACUCCAGCAAAAGUAUGCUGAGCUGCUUGCUCGCCAAGGGGAUGGUCAGGUGCCGACCCACAAGGGACAGAAAGCUGCCCCAACUGCUUUGGCUGGAGCUGAGUCCUCCGAGAAGGAUGCACCAACUGUCGCAGGAUCCUCUACGGAUAGAGCAACUGCCGUGGCUGAAGGCCCGGACAAGCACGGGGCCGAGACAGGUGACACGGCGGAUUUGCACGAGUUUUACGACCUGGAGAAGAAGGAUGCACGAGCAGAUUCAAAUUUUCUUGAAUUGUCGCAGCAUGCGCUCUAUUUGCGCUUGAAACGGCUCUGUACACCGAGCACCAAGGGUGUCUUGAAUGUUUCUGAAGAUGUAUACCAGCAAUGGCAGAAGGGCAACCGCGAGGAACUAAGCCUGGCCCUGCUCAAGGCCUUGAAGCAAUACGGAACUCAAGACAACGCGGCCACCCGCAAACAAGUCAGGGCAGAAUUUGCCAACCAGAUGCUGAAGUUGAAGGAGAUGCGAACGCAGAAGGAAGAGGAACUGGAGGGCGGCUGGUAUACGGAGGAGCGCAUGGAGAAAGACCUUGGGUACUCAAAGCAGCUGGUGAGCAAGGUGAAGGCCUACUGUUUGCGCUUCAAGAGUGUCUUGUGCAGGAAGUUCGUUUACGACGAAUCCGUGGAGGAGUACUUUGUGCAAACGGCCGACACUGUCAAGGUGAAGAAGAGUGAGCUGGAGGCUUACCAGAAGAUGGAAGGUAUGGAUCCUGGCGAUGCCAUGCCAGAUGUGCCACGGCAGGCGUUAAUGCCUGUUGCAGCAGAUGCCUUGCCUCCUGGCUCCAACGCUGUGGAGCCAUCCAAAGAAGCUGCGGGCACCUUGGAAAAGUUCGUCGAGUUUGUGUCUGAAUGCGAAGCAGUGCUGGAAGCUUUAGAGAAAUCAUUUCUGGAGCUAGCCGAAUGCCAGCAUGCGUUGGAGACUGAUGGCAGCUCAGAUGCGCUGCUUGCCCCCACUGCGUUGUCGCAGCAGAUCCAGAAGGCCAAGGACGCCGCUCGAAAGCCGUGUGUGGAGAUUCUGGCGAAAGAGCACACCUUCAAGCUUUUGUCCCAGGAGAUGAAGAAGAACCAGGGGAAGCGCAAAAAUACCCCUGGAGAUGAAGAAGGUGAUGACCACGAGCCAGAGCUGGAGGAAGGAGAGACGGCGCCCAAGGCCAAGUCGAAGGCCAAGGCGAAAGCCAAGCAGGGGAGCAAGAAGCCAAAGGGCGAGUGA